AGCUUUCCACCCAUUGCACUUGCACUCUGCAGCUGGCUGCUCGUUGAUUCCUGCUCUCGACGCUGAACUCGUUCGGGCUGUUUUCUGGAGGAUCUGACAGGAACUCUACGGUUAAUUGGGUGAACUAACACGCGCGACCGUUUGUGCGAGGAGGCGCCGGUUCCUGUUCCGUCACCGUAUCCACGCUUUACAAACCUGCUCCUGGUUCUCUCCCAGCCUUGCACCCCCGGCAUCAGCAUGUUACGGCCCAGCUUCCGCGCAUACAACCCGCAAUACUGCUUAUGAACGCUGAGGCAGACCACUUGCGACCGUCGACAUGUCCUUCACCUUCAAAUGGCCGAGAUUUUCCGAUCAGUUUCAUGCCGAUGCUAUUCAGAUGCUCAACUCGGCCUUGAACAAGGGGAACAAACCUCCUGUCAUUGCCGAUAAGAUUGAAGUGGUGGAGUUGGAGAUGGGUACUCAGCCUCCGGAACUGGAAAUACGUGACAUUGGCGAACUCACCCUUGACCAAUUCCGCGGAAUAUUCCGCCUCACGUAUUCUGGCGAUGCGCAUCUGGUACUGAGGACAAAGGUCCAGGCAAAUCCUCUCAAUCACAAGCAGCCCGACAUCCAUCUGAUGGCUGGGUCCAGAGGUAUGCUCGCCGCGAAACAGCCGCUCGUGGUACCGAUGCUGUUGCGCCUCUCCCACUUCAAGCUCAGCUCCUACGUAGUCCUCGUGGUAUCGAAGCAGAAAGGAAUCACUCUUGUCUUUAAGACAGAUCCCCUGCAAAACGUCGACAUCAACAGUACCUUUGACUCCAUCGCCGUGAUACAGAAAUACAUCCAGCGGGAAAUCGAGGGUCAGCUACGUCAGAUGUUUCGGGAAGACUUGCCCGGGAUCAUCCACCGUUUGAGCCAGCAGUGGGUAAAGGCCAAGGUCGAGGCGCCAUAUCUCGCAAAACGGCCGAAAGCGCCAAGUGUCGAGUCCAUGCCGUCGAUACCGCGCUAUCCUCGCUCGGAGAGCGUCGGUGUGCACCCCUCUCUCCUGCGCAGGCAGACGGUCGGUGCAUCCAGCAUGAUCAGACCCCGGUCUCCGUCAAGUGUAUCGCUUCCGAGUACCACUCGAGAGACACCCCCUUCUGUUGUUUCCUCUCUACCGGUGCAAGUCAGGUCUCCAUCCCAGGAAUAUCCCACGUCGUUUCCCGAUAUCGAGAACUUCGACCCUACCUAUGGUCUCCGGCCAGAAGGCCUGCCGACAAAGAGUCUGUUCAGUAGCUUCAGUCGCUUAUUUGCGCCCAACAAGGGCUUAGCAUCUUUGGCGGAGGAGGCGGUGGAAGACGACCCAGACGAAGUUGGGUCUGGGUCCUUCGACGUAGUGGAGUGGGAAGACACAGUACCUGACUACAGCCCUCCACCGUCCGUCUCGGAGGACGAUCCAACCGAAUACGAGACUAUCCCUGCUGUGGGCGGAGGCGUGGUCACUCGACCGAGAGUUUUCCAUUCGCAGUCGCAGAUCCAGUCUUCGGUUGGGACGCCGAGCGCCAGAGCAUCCACUUCGUCGCUGCCUCUGAGAUCAGGUCGUGCCGCCCCAUCUGUCGCUUCCACCUCUCGGAUGAUGCAGUCAACCCCGUCUUUGCCCCUGUCUACCCGACACUUGCGGGCCUUGCAAGCUACCUCUAGUCCCUACUCAUCAAGGGCAUCAGGCCGCACUUGCAGCGCGCGCGGACUUGGCCCGGAGCCGCAAGAAUUCCCAUGGUACCAGGAUUCCGCUCCCGAUGCACUUUCCCCAGAAUACCAGCGCUAUCCUCUCCAUCGACCUCCAUCCCGGCCCAUGAGUCCGGAGAGCUCGCGCACUCAGAUAUCAAGAUCGAGCACCGACGCGACCCAGUCAGUACCAACACCCCCGUAUCCGUAUGCAAACCACGACGAUGUCUAUGUCAGGCAGCCUCGAGAGAGGCGCUUGUCGUCAGCCUCGUCCAAUAUUGAUGGUUUCCACUCCGGUUCACCACCUGCUUACCACCCCAUUCACGAACACGACCCGAAGAUCGUUCUGCGGCCUGCAUUGAACGAUUCCAUAUCCCAGCUGUCUACUUUGAGUCAUUCUAACCAUACCCUUUCCCCAUAUACUCGAUCGGUGGAACACUUUACUGUCCGAAGUGUCCCCCACCGUCCGUCUGGCUUGUCCGGCUCGUCUGCGUCGGCCGAGAAGCAGCCCGUCAAGGCGAGGAGGAAGCGCACAUACCGUCUCGGAGAGAAGACUCGAGUUGGCAGUGCCACGGAUAAUCCCAGCUUCGUCGCGACGCCAUCCUCGCCGACUCCCCCCUCCGAAUUUGACGAAUCAGACAUGGACCAUUAUUUUCGUUCGCGGGAAGACACGCUUUCGCGCUAUGCUAGCUUACCUCGUGACCCAUCGACUCUUCAUCGACGACAUCCGUAUCAGCC